AUGUUUUCAAUAUGUUAAUUACAAAACCAUCAAAAAUUUGCGAACAGAAGACAAUCUUAAAAUUAGUCCUAAAAUAUAUUUUACUUCUUAUAUCAAGAAACUCAUAAAUUAUUACAGUUUGUAUCGAUAAUUCCAUUCGAAUAAAUCUUAAAACUAGCUAGUUUUCAAUAUAUUCCAACAUAUUAUGCAAAAUUAUAUCAUUAAUAAGAAAAAUAUGAUAGCCAAGAACUAAGUGACACAUCUCAAGGUUGGUGUGUAUGUAUAAAGAAAGUUUCAAAUACACCGAAUGUAGAUAAACACAAUUACACAAGUACAGAUAUAUAGUUUAUAAUAGUAAAAACGACAAAUAUACACAGUAGUAAUCUAAAUUAGACAUGUAUAUAGUGAGAGUAAUACACUAAUAGAGAGAGAAGAACAAACCUGUGACUCUCAUAAUCAAAACACACACCAAAAAAAAAAAACAAGAACUUGAGAUGGAAAACGGAAGCUCCUCCGGCGACAACAAGUCUUCUCCAAAACCGAUCCGAUGCAAAGCUGCGGUUUGUAGAAAGGCCGGAGAGCCGUUGGUGAUGGAAGAGAUAAUGGUUGCGCCGCCGCAGGCUUACGAAGUUCGGAUCCGAAUCAUCUGCACCACGCUAUGUCACAGUGACGUCACUUUCUGGAAACUCCAAGUUCCUCCAGCCUGCUUUCCGAGGAUUCUAGGCCAUGAGGCAAUAGGAAUAGUGGAAAGUGUUGGUGAAAACGUAAAGGGAGUGGUCGAAGGAGACAUUGUACUACCAACGUUCAUGUCUGACUGUGGUGAAUGUGUUGACUGCAAAUCUCACAAAAGCAACUUAUGCAGCAAAUUUCCCUUCAAAGUAUCGCCAUGGAUGCCAAGAUACGAAAAUUCGAGCAGAUUCACUGACCUCAAUGGCCAAACUCUCUUUCAUUUCUUGAACGUCUCCAGCUUCAGCGAAUAUACUGUUCUUGAUGUUGCUAACGUUGUUAAGAUCGAUUCUUCGGUUCCUCCUAGUCUUGAUUGUCUUCUCAGCUGCGGAGUUUCCGCUGGUGUUGGUGCUGCUUGGGAGACUGCCAAAGUUAAACAAGGAUCAGCAAUUGUGAUUUUUGGACUUGGUUCUAUCGGACUAGCGGUUGCAGAGGGUGCAAGACUUUGUGGUGCCUCUAGAAUCAUUGGUGUGGAUAUAAACCCUGCCAAAUUCCAAGUUGGGCAAAAGUUUGGAGUUACCGAGUUUGUAAACUCUUUGACAUGUGAAAACAAGAGUGUUAGCGAGAUAAUGGUGAUCAAUGAGAUGACUGGUGGGGGAGCGGACUAUUGCUUUGAGUGUGUUGGAAGUAGUUCUUUGGUUGAAGAAGCUGACGCUUGCUGUAGAAAUGGAUGGGGAAAGACGAUAACUCUAGGUGUGGACAAGCCGGGUUCACAGAUAUGUUUAAACUCGUCUGAUGUUCUUCACCAAGGGAAGAUUUUGAUGGGUUCGUUGUUUGGAGGUUUGAAGGCUAAAACACACAUUCCGCUUCUUCUGAAACGCUAUUUGAACAAUGAGCUUGAAUUGGAUAAGUUUGUGACACAUGAGAUGAAAUUCGAGGACAUCAACGACGCGUUCCAGCUACUCGUGGAAGGGAAAUGCAUCAGGUGUGUCUUGUGGAUGAGCUAAGUGAAUUGGUAUAUUUUAUCUUUUAAUAUUUUACAUCCAUGUCAUAUAUAUGAUUCAUGUGCAACUAUUUUUAUUGGUUUGAACUUUGAAAUCAAAACAACCAAAUGCCAAAGAGCAAACAAAAUAAAAAUAAAAACUUAAUGUGUUGUACUGAAAAUAA